AAGUGCCAGCCGAAGAACAGUUAUUUCCAGUUGCCCUGUAUAAAACACAAUUAGACUGCCUUCGUCGAUGAAUGUUAAACAAGACAGUAUGCUUCUGAGUGUCUGCACACUAAAAUGUACCACAUUUUGUUGAUGUUGUUUUGCGCUCAGACAUGUGUGGGAGGACCUCCUAAGGUCGAAAAUAAACCAACUUUAUUGGACUCGUUUAUCCCUGCGAGUAUGCAGAUCAUUGCACAUGUUACCGAACUUAUGAAGUUUGAUCUCAAACCUACGACUGGUACCACUACUACCACUACAACGACAAUGCGACCAACUCGGCCUCACAAGCCCGGAAUUUAUGCUCCGGAAGCGCCACCAGGACCGGAAACCUAUUUUGCCAAAGGGUUCACAUAUGAGGAGUAUGUAGAUAGACUCAAGUACCCGAGUGGGUACAACUAUUUUGACAGAUACAAGUUUCCCGUGGAAGAAGAAGGCAGAAGUCUUGGUGACGAUGUACCUCAAGAAAUCGAUCUAGUUUUAGGUAAAAGAUUAGGUGAUUUAUUACGACUGGUCAAUAGUAUUGAAGAAGUAACCGACAUCGAAGACCAAGAUCGGCAAGUACAAGAUUUUUCGAAUUUGUACGACGAUUCGGAUUUCAGAGUAUUGCUUUUGCGACAAAAGAAAAAGCCUCCAACUAGAGCUUACGUCGCGCUUUUAUCGCUUUAUGACCUCUUGAACAAAGAGUCGAAAAAACUAGGUCUAAAUAAAUACAGCGGUUAUUCUCAGAAAAUCUUAGCUGAGCUUGCGGAAAUUUCGACAGGGACAUCUUCAGAUCAACUGCACGCCGUCCUAUCAAAAGUGGUUCAAAGAAGAGACACAGCUAACCCUCAAAUUAUCAAACGAAUCAAUGAUCUCAUCAAAGACUUAGAAGAAAGUAGCAGUUACAUAAAUGUUGCGUUGCGAUAUAUCCCUCCCUUACCCUUUGUUUUAUAAAGAUUUUUUUUAACAAUAAGUGUUCAAACAUUGGCUACAAUUGUAAAAAAAAUGUACAUUGAAUGAUGUAAAAUUAUUGUAAAAAAAUAAAUUAUCUUGCCGAA